GCAAGCAAAACACACACAGUGAAAAAUAUUUGUAUAAAUAUUUCAUUUCUCAAAAGAAUCAAUAGAGAACAGACAAGAAAAAAGUGUCAUUCUUUUUUUCUUUUCUUCACUUUUUUCUAAAAGAUUUUUUUUUUUUGAAUGUGGGAAAAAAAUGCUAAGGAUUAAUGUGUUGAUGCUGCUGUUUUUAUUAGUGAUCUGUUCAUUGGAAUUUUUUUCUUCAGUGAAAGCUAGUGUUUCUUAUGAUGACAGAGCUAUAAUUAUAAAUGGGAAAAGAAAGAUUCUUAUUUCUGGUUCAAUUCAUUAUCCAAGAAGUACUCCACAGAUGUGGCCUGAUCUUAUACAAAAGGCUAAAGAUGGAGGUUUAGAUGUUAUUGAGACUUAUGUUUUCUGGAAUGCGCAUGAACCUUCUCCUGGAAAAUAUAAUUUUGAAGGGAGAUAUGAUCUUGUUAAGUUCAUCAAAUUGGUACAAAGAGCAGGACUUUAUGUCAAUCUACGUAUUGGCCCUUACAUCUGUGCUGAAUGGAAUUUUGGGGGAUUCCCUGUUUGGCUAAAAUAUGUGCCUGGCAUGGAAUUUAGAACAGACAAUCAGCCUUUUAAGGUGGCUAUGCAAGGAUUUGUUCAGAAAAUAGUCAACAUGAUGAAGUCAGAAAAUUUGUUUGAAACUCAAGGAGGACCAAUAAUAAUGGCCCAGAUAGAAAAUGAGUAUGGACCAGUAGAAUGGGAAAUUGGUGCUCCUGGUAAAGCUUAUACAAAAUGGGCAGCUCAAAUGGCUGUGAGUUUGAAAACUGGUGUCCCAUGGAUCAUGUGUAAACAAGAGGAUGCUCCUGAUCCAGUGAUUGAUACUUGCAAUGGCUUUUACUGCGAAGGGUUCCGUCCUAAUAAACCAUACAAACCGAAAAUGUGGACAGAAGUUUGGACUGGAUGGUAUACAAAAUUUGGUGGUCCAAUUCCUCAAAGGCCAGCUGAAGACAUUGCAUUUUCCGUUGCAAGGUUUGUUCAGAACAAUGGUUCAUUCUUCAAUUACUACAUGUAUCACGGAGGAACAAAUUUUGGCCGGACAUCUUCAGGGCUUUUCAUUGCAACUAGCUAUGAUUAUGAUGCUCCUCUCGAUGAGUAUGGGUUGCUGAAUGAACCAAAAUUCGGGCACUUGAGAGACUUGCAUAAAGCUAUCAAGCUGUCCGAACCAGCUUUAGUUUCAUCAUAUGCCACGGUGACUAGUCUUGGAAGUAAUCAAGAGGCUCAUGUCUAUAGAUCAAAAUCUGGAGCUUGUGCUGCAUUCUUAUCCAACUAUGACUCUAGAUAUUCAGUUAAAGUCACCUUUCAGAAUAGGCCAUACGAUCUGCCUCCUUGGUCCAUCAGCAUUCUUCCCGACUGCAAAACUGCUGUUUACAACACUGCACGGGUUAGCUCCCAAAGCUCGAGUAUAAAGAUGACGCCUGCAGUUGGUGGAUUGUCUUGGCAGUCGUACAAUGAAGAAACACCGACUGCUGAUGACAGCGAUACACUUUCAGCUAACGGACUAUGGGAACAGAAAAACGUAACAAGAGAUUCAUCAGACUAUCUGUGGUACAUGACAGAUGUAAAUAUAGCAUCUAAUGAAGGAUUUCUAAAGAACGGAAAGGAUCCUUAUCUUACUGUUAUGUCGGCUGGUCAUGUCUUGCAUGUUUUCGUCAAUGGCAAACUAUCAGGAACUGUUUAUGGGGCAUUGGAUAAUCCAAAACUUACAUACAGUGGCAAUGUAAAAUUAAGAGCUGGUAUUAACAAGAUUUCUCUGCUCAGUGUUUCCGUUGGUCUCCCGAACGUUGGCGUGCAUUAUGAUACGUGGAAUGCAGGAGUUCUAGGUCCGGUCACGUUGAGUGGUCUCAAUGAGGGGUCAAGAAACUUGGCGAAACAAAGAUGGUCUUACAAGGUUGGUCUAAAAGGCGAAUCGUUGAGUCUUCACUCCUUAAGUGGGAGUUCUUCUGUUGAAUGGGUUCGGGGUUCACUAGUGGCUCAAAAGCAGCCCCUGACUUGGUACAAGGCUACAUUUAACGCGCCUGGAGGAAAUGAGCCACUAGCUUUAGACAUGGCAAGUAUGGGAAAAGGGCAGAUAUGGAUAAAUGGUGAAGGCAUAGGUCGCCAUUGGCCUGGAUACAUAGCACAAGGUGACUGUAGCAAAUGCAGUUACGCAGGAACGUUCAAUGAGAAGAAAUGUCAGACUAACUGCGGACAACCUUCUCAGAGAUGGUACCAUGUUCCACGAUCGUGGCUGAAACCAAGUGGAAACCUGUUGGUAGUAUUUGAAGAAUGGGGUGGUAAUCCAACAGGAAUUUCUUUAGUCAGAAGAUCAAGAUAAAGAGCUCAAAAAGUAAGCUUGCUCAGUAAAUAUGUGAAAUCGCGCGGAAUGCAUAUAAGAAGCUAACCAUGGAGGUUAUAUUUGCAAAUUGAAGCUGAAUAAAUCAUUUGAAGUACAGAAAUAUUUGAUUAAAAGGUAUAUAAAUUUACAGAGAAUCUUCUUGAUUCUCUGUAAAAAGCUUUGGUUUAUGAAGUUUAUACAGAAUUCUGCCUGAUUGGAUUAUGAGAUUGAAGAAAAUUGUACAGCUUCCAAAUACUAUUAGAAUACAAAUAAGUUUCAUGUAACUAUAUACAAUUACUACAAUUUGUGUAUUACAUGAUUAUGAAAUAAUAAUACAAGUUAUAUAAAGGAAGCCACAUUUUUUCA